GGAAGCUGCGGGAGGCGGCGGCUGGCGGGGCCGGCCCGGACUCCUCCAGCCCUAAAGAUGGAGCUGCUCGGCUCCGGGGCCGCUCCCUCGCGGCCGCCGCGAUCCGGGCUCGUCUCCCUUUCCCCUUUUCCUGCCCAUCCAUGUGGUUCUGUUUUGUAUUGUCCCGCUCGCCCGCACUCCCGCAGCCGGGGGAUUCGGAACCGCCACCAAAAAUAGUGCAAAGGCCCCGCGCCGCCGCUUUCUUUAUGCUGCACCUCUCGCCCUAAAAUCAGCCAUGCCCCGCAGGAAGGCGGCGGGGCCGCCCUGGGACGCCGCGGGCCCGGUGGCUCAGGGCUCGGGGCGGCGGCGGCCGGGCCCUCAGGGCUCAGGGCGGCGGCGGCCCCGGCCCGGCGGCGGCGGCAGCAGCGGCGGCAGCAGCGAGGAGGAGGCGCCCCGGGAGCGGCGGCCGCGGGACGGCAGCCCCGGGGCCCGCAGGCCCGGCAGGCCCGGCGGGGCGGCGGCGGCGGCGGCGGCGGCGGCGGGGCCCGGAGGCCCCCGCGGGCAGAGCGUGGUGAUCUGCGAGCCCGAGCACAGCAAGGAGCGCAUCAAGCUCGAGGGCUCCAAGAGCCGGGGGCAGCUCCUGAUCUUCGGUGCCACCAACUGGGACCUGAUCGGCCGCAAGGAGGUGCCCAAGCAGCAGGCGGCGUACCGGAACCUGGGCCAGAACCUGUGGGGGCCGCACCGCUACGGCAGCCUGGGGACGCUGCGCGUGCGCUCGGUGGUGUCGGGGCCCUGCGCCGCGCACAGCCUGCUCAUCACCGCCGAGGGCCGCCUCUGGAGCUGGGGGCGGAACGAGAAGGGGCAGCUGGGCCACGGCGACACGAAGCGCGUGGAGGCGCCGCGGCCGAUCGAGGCCCUGAGCAGCGAGGCCAUCGUGGCGGCCGCCUGCGGCAGGAACCACACCCUGGCGCUGACCGAGAGCGGCUCCGUGUUCGCCUUCGGGGAGAACAAGCUGGGCCAGCUGGGGCUGGGGAACCAGACGGACGCCGUGCCCAGCCCCACCCAGAUCCUGUACAAUGGGCAGCCGAUCUCCAAGCUGGGCUGUGGGGCCGAGUUCAGCAUGGUCAUGGACUGCAAGGGGAACCUGUAUUCCUUCGGGUGUCCCGAGUACGGCCAGCUGGGCCACAAUUCCGACGGGAAGUUCAUCGCGCGGGCGCAGCGCAUCGAGUACGACUGCGAGCUGCUGCCGCGGCGCGUGGCGCUCUUCGUGGAGCGCACCAAGGACGGGCAGGUGCUGCCCGUGCCCAACGUCGUGGUCAGGGACGUGGCCUGCGGGGCCAACCACACGCUGGUGCUGGAUUCCCAGAAGCGCGUUUUCUCCUGGGGCUUCGGGGGCUACGGGCGGCUGGGCCACGCGGAGCAGAAGGACGAGAUGGUUCCCAGGCUGGUGAAGCUCUUCGACUUCCCGGGACGCGGCGCCGCCCAGAUCUACGCGGGAUACACCUGCUCCUUCGCCGUCAGCGAGACCGGCGGAUUGUUCUUCUGGGGCGCCACCAACACCUCCCGGGAGUCCACCAUGUACCCCAAGGCCGUGCAGGACCUGUGCGGGUGGAAGAUCCGCAGCCUGGCCUGCGGGAAGAGCUCCGUCAUCGUGGCGGCCGACGAGAGCACCAUCAGCUGGGGGCCCUCGCCCACCUUCGGGGAGCUGGGAUAUGGGGACCACAAACCCAAAUCGUCCACGGCGGCGCAGGAGGUGAAAACCCUGGACGGGAUCUACACCGAGCAGGUGGCCAUGGGCUAUUCCCACUCGCUGGUGAUCGCCCGGGACGAGUCGGAGGCGGAGCAGGAGAAGCUGCGGAAGCUCCCGGAGUACAACCCCCGCACCCUCUGAGGGGCCCCGAUGAUCCCGAUGAUCCCGAUCCCGCUUCUCCAUCCCGCCCGCCGUGCUCCGUCCCCGCAUUCCCAGCCCUGGGGGGGGCCAUUCCCACCCCCGUUAUUCCCGGCUUUUGGAAUUCCCGACCGCAGCCGGGCCUUCCGGCGCGUCCCGCCCCGGCUUUUGUAGGGUCUGGCCUUGAAUUGUUUUUUAUUUUA